UCUCAUCUCACACAACAAUAUGCAAGGCCAAAGAAGCAUGAGCUUGAGCCUUUCCCUUGCUCUUCUCUCCACCAUCCUCACAUGUUUGGCCAUGGUGGAGAUGGGUUUGGCUGCUAGGGCUUACCCUAACUUCAUCAAAGCCUGUUGUGCUUCCACCCUUUACCCAACUCUUUGCUUCAAUUCUCUCUCCCCCUAUGCAUCAACAAUCAAAACUAGCCAUAGAGAAAUGGCACACAUUGCUCUUUUGCUGAGCUUGGACAAGGCUAAUGCGAUGUCGGCCAUGAUUUCAAAGACAAUGGUGGGGUUGAACAAGGAUGAGAGCAGCAGAAGGGCGGCGAGUGCCAUGAAAGACUGCAUGGAGAACAUAGAGGAUUCGAUUGAUGAGCUUCGAGAGUCACUUGAUGAGGAUGAGCAUUUGCCGGUGAGCAAUGAGGGUGCUGAUUUUAGAGAGAAGAUGGGCAACAUCCAGACAUGGGUGAGCGCUGCACUAACUGAUGAGGAUACAUGUAUGGAUGGGUUUAAGGGUGUGUCCAUUGAUGGCAACCUCAGGGAUGAGAUGAGGAGGAGUGUUCUGGCUAUCGCUCACCUAACAAGCAAUGCCUUGGCCUUGAUCAACUCCCUUAACCAAGCCCCUUAAGCAGACAUCUCUCACGGCCACACAUUUCUUGAUUAUGAAUAUCCUGGUGUCAUUAAAAAGCUGUGAAAACCCUUGUAUUUUUAUUUUUAUUUUUUAAUAAUGAAAUUAGACCCUCGUAUUGUAGUUUUCUUCUUUUUUUUUGAUAAUAAUGAAACUAGACCCUCAUAUUGUAGUUUU